ACACUUAGUUCUUUGGCUUUGGUAUUCGCUCUACACCAUUUCAAACCUACACCCUUAUAUGUUAUGGAUGAGAUUGAUGCGGCCUUGGAUUUUCGCAAUGUAUCAAUCGUUGCUAACAUUAUUAAAGAACGUACUAAGGAUGCACAAUUUAUCGUUAUUAGUUUACGUGAUAAUAUGUUUGAAUUAGCGGAUCGUUUAGUGGGAAUUUAUAAAAUUCAUGAUCAGACAAAAUCCGUUACUAUUGAUUCGCAUGAAAUUGAUAAAGUAUUUGGAACAUGA